UAUAAAGCUGAUUAAGAGAAAUGCAGGCUUGCUUUACUGUAACAUGUUGUGUCAGUUAUAAAACAAAGUAACAGGGUGUGUUAUAUAUCGUAUCUUAUUACACUCCAUGGAGUACUGAAGAAAAAUAAAUGUCUCUCGAAUUUAAAUAGGCCAGUAUUCAUUCUACACUAUGUCUGGUAAUGAGAGUGGUAAUAGAUGUUGAGGUGACCAGUAUCGGUUCUGACAGUUCUACGUUGCUUGUAAAUCUUGUUUACCUAAGCAUCUGUGGUAUGGUCAUACAUCUGGAGCGAUAUCCGUACUUUAACUUUUGUGAUUUAACCUGGGAUGGUCAUUACUUGCAGUAAAUG